AUGAAAAUAUCAAAUAUACUGAGAACACAGCAGCAAUUAUAUUACGUUGCUAGAUCACGUACUAAUAACCUUCCUGUAUACACUGAAUACAAGCGUGGUAAUCAAAUUUCAACGAUAAUCAGAAAAAUAGAUGGUGAUAGCAAGUCAUUAAAAGAGGAUAUCCUUGCUGAUUACCCACAAUUGGAUAUAAAGUUGAAAUUACCAAAGAAUCAGAUCUAUAUAACAGGUGAUUAUACGCAUCAAAUGAGAGAAUGGUUACUCAAUAAGAACUUCUAA